AUGGCUUCCAACGGUGGUGUUGCAGGCAAAAUCCACGAAGGCGUCUUUGCGAUCAACAAACCCACCGGCAUCAGCUCCGCAGAAGUUAUUCGUGUCGUUCAGUCCCACCUCAAACCAUCCGCCCUCUUUCAACCAUGGCUAGCGCGUGAGCAAGCACGCAAAGAUGGCGAAUCACACAAUCAGAAGCGCAAGCGGAAGAGUUGGAAACAACGACAGCCCUUGCAGGUCAAAAUGGGGCAUGGAGGAACGCUUGAUCCGGAGGCAUCUGGCGUGUUGAUUCUGGGAGUGGGAAGCGGCACGAGAUCACUCUCAACAUUCCUCUCCUGCACGAAAAACUACCAUGCCGUCCUUCUCUUCGGUGUUGCCAGCGAUACUUACGAUGCUGUGGGAAAGCGCGUGGCUGAGAAGCCGUACGACCACAUCACCAAAGACGCUGUUGAAGAAGCAUUGUCUAAAUUCAGGGGCAAGAUCAUGCAACGGCCACCCAUCUUCAGUGCGUUGAGAGUGCAGGGCAAGCGACUAUACGAGUACGCUAGAGAAGGGAUCGAAGUGCCAGUGGAAAUUCAGGAGAGGCCGGUGGAAGUGUUGAGUCUGGAAAUGGCGGAGUGGUUGCCAGGCGGGACACAUGACUAUCACUGGCCCACGGAAGAGGCUGAAGCACAGGAGAAAGCUGUGGCGCAGAAUAUGCUCAAUGUGAAAGACGGAGACGCUUCAUCCGGCGCGACAUCAACUGGUGCGAAGCGGAAGCGAGAUGCAGAUGGCGAGGACCGUGGCACCGACGACGAAGAUUCAGCAUUGUCGAAGCGAUCUAAAACAUCCCCGGCGCAAUCAAACGCCCUUGAAGACCGAAUACCAGCAGGCACGAAUGCCGGUGCACCAUCAGAUAAUGGAGACUCCCAAAGACAACCUCAAGGCAAUCCACGUUGUCCAGCACUUGCGGUCCGAUUGAGAAUGGAGGUCACUUCAGGCUUCUAUGUUCGCAGUCUUUGCCACGAUCUUGGGGCCGCCGUCGGAUCCCUCGGUCUCAUGGCGAGCCUCGUCCGUACGCGGCAGGGAGAUUUCAAAAUUGGCGAAAACGUUUUGGAGUACGACGAACUGGCAAAGGGUGAGGAUGUCUGGGCUCCGAGGAUCGCAAAGAUGCUGGAUGAUUGGAAGACGACUCACGGCGGCAAUGAUUCCGAGGUCGAGAACGACUCAUCUCGAAGGAUGGGAAGCCGUCGAAAUGACCGCUCCCGCGUGCCUAGACCGAAGAUCGAAGAGGCACAGACGCGGCGCAGGAAUAGUAGCAGCGAGGAAGAUUAG